ACAAGUCUAAGUUCUGUGGCGGAAUGUAAUUUUUAUUACUUGGAACGAAUUCUUUAUUUUGCUCGUAAUGUCAAAUAAAGAUAUCUAUCCGAAGAAAAAUGAAUCUUCACUUUUGUUUCAAAACCCUAAUGCCUUAUUUUGUGCUGAUAUGAGUGAGGAUAACUUUCUUAUGCCUGUUGCUGUAAAUAAUUUAGUUGAUGAACAGCGUACCAGACCUAAAUCAGAUAUGAAUCAAGAUAAAGAAGAAAAUUCUCAGAAAGCAGGUGGUGAUUCAUCUGUUUGUCAACUGGAGCAACCAUUGCUCAUACGUAAAGCACCAGUAUCUGGAACAUCUGGACAACCUGCUCAGUUAUCUCAGGACUUUGGGUCUUGGUCUGCAACAUAUGCUAACCCUACGAGUUAUUCCUCUAUACCUCAGACAAGUUCAUCCCAUCUACAGACUAUUUCCCAAGCACAGUUGCCUAUUCAGAAUAGCAACCCAUAUUCUUCACCACAUGUGUCAACAUACUGUUCACCAAUCUAUUCUGAACAGCCUGUUAUCUCCAGUGAUAAUUCUAUGUUUCAACCUAAUGAAAGGAAAAGCUCAGCAGGAUUUUCUGAAGCACCACUUAGUUCUAUAAAUCAGCCGCUCUCAACCUAUAAUAUACAUGCAGGUUAUACAGGGCCUUAUAUUAGUAGCUAUUCUGAAGUGCCUUCAGUACCAUCUACAACUUUUUUAGCUGCAGAUUCUUCACAGCCUGUUUAUGCACCACCAGUAUCCAAUCAAACUGGUGAACAGCAAAGUUUUAAUAUACCACCAUGCAAUUAUUAUGGAGCACCUCAAGCAAAUAUUAACACAUCAAGAAGUUAUUCUUCUGAAAGUGUGUAUUCACAAGGGACAUCAAAUAUGAGUGAUAAAGCUGCUUCAUUUACAUUUAGUGACCAAAUAUCUGCUACCUAUAAACCUGUGAAACCUCAUUGGCUAUUUAGUGACAUUAUUGAAUCAAAGGAAAUCUGGUUUGGUUUCAGUCAGUCAGAUUCUGAAAGGCUUGAAACUGCUUUUCAAAAAGAUAAGGAAGCAGUUGUUCCUACUGAUGGUGGAAGAUAUGAUGCCUUUCUUGGUUCAAGAGUUAAAAAAUCUGUGUAUUUUGAUGCAAAGGACUUAUACAUUAGAAGAUGCACUUGGUUUUUCAGAUCAGACUCUUCACAAAAAUUUGUGCCUUUUGAUGAGGAUGUUGCUAAUCUAAUUGAAGAACACUUUCGUAGUUGCAUGACUACUGGUCAUUGGCAAAAAAGAGUUAGUUUACCAGGAGUAGGCACCAUUGUCCUUGAAAGUCCAGAUAUCAUGCUAUUGUACAAGAAUGAGCUUGAAAUUUGGCCUGCUAUGCCGGAUUCUAAAACUAGUCCUAAAGUAAUAAAGCGUGGAUUGCCUGAUGGAUUUGAAUUAAUGCCAGAUGAACCUAGUCAAGUUGACCAUCUUGUGUUUAUUGUGCAAGGCAUUGGCUCAUUUUGUGAUCUUCGCUUCCGAACUGUGUCUCAAUGUGUUGAUGGAUUUCGUGACAUUGCAAAUAAACUUAUGACAAGUCAUUUCAAGCAACAUGUCGAAAGUGGGAAUAUUUCGAAAGUAGAGUUUUUACCUCUUGCAUGGCAUGCAAAGUUGCAUACCAGUGAUUUGGGCUUAGAUCGACGCAUGCAAAAAAUUACCUUGCCGAGCAUACCCAAAUUGCGCCACUUUACCAAUGAUACUUUAUUAGACAUUCUGUUAUAUAGUAGUCCUCAGUACUGUCAGUCUAUAAUAGAUACUGUUGCACAUGAAUUAAAUAGGCUGUAUGAAAUAUUCUUAGCUAGAAAUCCUGAUUUUGCUGGGAGAAUAUUUGUGGCUGGUCAUAGUUUAGGUUCGCUAAUUCUGUUUGAUAUACUUGCUAACCAAAAUCAUUGUGAAAAGGAACAACCAAGUGUAAAAACAAGCAAUCAAGUUGAAGAAAAAGAGCUCAUUGAAAAUUAUUGCAUUAAAUCUGAAAUAACAUUAAGUGAACAACACAUGCUUGAGUUAUUUCCAUCAGUAGAAGCUUUUCUUGAAAACCUUCAUUUACAAGAUUUUGCAGAAAUAUUUGAAAGAGAAAAGAUAGAUUUGGCUUCCUUGUUGCUUUUAUCUGAUGAAGAUCUGAAAAAUCUUGGUUUGCCUACUGGCAGCCGGAAAAAGAUUUUAAACACUCUAGCUCAACUCACUCAUGCUGUACCUGGAGUUUUAAGUACAAGUGAACAAUCAUUACCAUGUAAAGCAAAUGAAUUUAUAGAAGAUGUUGGAGAAGGUCUUACUACGGUAUAUCCAUCAAAAACAAAGCAAUAUGGGAUGUCAAUGAUUGUCUAUCCCAGGCUGAGUUUUGAACCAGCAUGCUUUUUUGCUUUGGGAUCUCCAAUAUCUAUGUUUUUAACCAUUCGAGGCUAUGACACAAUAAGCGAAGACUUUAGAUUCCCCACAUGUCCAGGAUUUUUUCAUAUAUUUCAUCCUUAUGAUCCUGUUGCUACUCGUAUUGAACCUCUCAUAGAUCCAAAUUUUGCUGCAAAACCUGUUUUGAUUCCUCAUCAUAAAGGAAGAAAAAGAAUGCACUUAGAAAUAAAAGAAAAUUUGUCUAAAGUUGGGAAUGAAAUAAAGCAGAAAUUUAUCGAAACUCUCAGAUAUACUUGGAAUUCUCUUAGUGGAUUUGCUGCUCAUGCUUUCCCUUCUGCAGCCGUAGAAGCUGAAAUGGAGAAAAUAGUGAAACAGCAAAUGUCAGAGUCUGAAGGAGAUAUUCCAGAGAUGUCUGAAACUACUGGUGAGGAAAUACAAAUUGGAUGCUUAAAUAGUGGUCGAAGAAUUGAUUUUGUGCUGCAAGAAAAGCCUAUAGAAGCUUUAAAUGAUUACAUUUUUGCCCUAACAAGUCAUGCCACCUAUUGGAAUUCUGAGGAUACUGUGCUGAUGAUACUGCGUGAAAUAUAUGCUUUAGAUGGAAUUUCUAUCAGUAAUGAGAACAGGAAUGUUUCACAUCAUGGAUUAGCAAUGAAUGACAAUGUUUUUCCCAGUUCAAGAAGUUCUGGUGCAUUUAUGGACUCUGUAAGAUGUGAAACUCAGAUGAUUCAUUCCAACAUUGCAUCAGUAGAACAUAUUUCGCAAAAUAUCCCAGCUGCCAAUUCCAGUCACAAUUUUCCUUUGUCCUAUUCUGAUACCGUUCUAUCAGAAUCUCAAAUAUCAAGAGAAACUACUUUGCAGUCUAACACCAUUCCCCCCUCUCAACCAAUUGGCCCUCCUCCUUUAUCGGGAUUUGUUAAAAAAUCUCCUUUUAACAGGUGAUUGAGGAUGAGCUAAAAGGAAAGCUAAAUUUUAUUACAAUGCUUAAAAUAUUUUCAUAUUUUAUCUCAUUGCUGGAAAAAAAAUGAACCUUUUUAUUAUUAUGUGUAAAAUGCAAAUUUUUCAACUUCUAGUUUAAUUGGUAUAAAUUACAGUUAAUUUUGUUUCAGUAUGUGUACUUAAAAAUAUGCUAAUAUAAGUUUAAAGAAGUAAUGCAUAUAAAAAGUUUUAUUUUACCCUCAUGUUGUGUUAUGUAAAACAAGUUUACCUUAUUGUUGAAUA